AUGGGAAAUAUGAAAACCAUUCAUUCUUUCUUCAAAAGAAAGGUUGAUAAUGAAGAAAUUCAAGAUAAAAAUCAAGAGAUUAAACAUCACAAAGCUUCAACAAGUGAACCACAACCACAAGAACAUGAAAAUCAACAAGAGAAUGAUAGGAAUGAAGCUACACAGUCAAAUCCUAAUGAGGUGGUCCAGGUGAAUCUUAAGCAACUAGAAAGAGACCCCACUAAAAGAAAACAAAUGUGGGAUUAUCCGGUUAAUUUAAGGGAAGAAGUAAGACAAGCUUAUAUGAGUUUAGGACAUUUCCAAAUACAUCUUAAAGAAUAUCAUGCUAAAGGUUCAAAGAAACAUCCUCGUAGAUUCCAAUAUUCCUGUGUGUGCCAUGAUUAUGAUGCAUUUACUGUUAAAGGAUUUGACAAUUGGAAGAAAGUUAAUGACGGGAAAAAUUGUGCAUUCUUGAAGCAUAUUGGUUGUUCACAACACAGAAAUGCUGUUGCAUUCGCUGAAAAUUUGAUGAACCAAGAAGCACACAUUGAAAAUAUCAUAAUGAAGCAAAAUGAAGAGCAAAUAUUUAAGAAUCGUAUACGAUUAAAAGCUUCAAUUGACACAGUUUCAUCUUAUAAUGAUAAAGUUGCAUAUGUUAUAUUAGAGAAAGCUCCUUAUAAUUCAAAAUAUAUUUCUGGAGAAAUUCAAAAAGAAAUUCUUAGAAUUAUUGCAAAUAAAGUUAAAAAGCAUAUUCGUAGUGAAGUGGAAGGGAUCAUACAGGAAAGGUUCUUGGAUUUGGUUCAUGUUAGGGAUACCUUAUCAUUAACCCUAAACACAAAUAUGUGGAGACAACUUUUGCACUAUCAGUUUGAUGUUAGUAAAAUCCGUGGCCAAGGUUAUGAUGAUGCUAGUAAUAUGAGAGGGGAAUGGAGUGGAUUACAGACACUUGUUCUUAAGCAUUGUCCUUAUGCAUAUUAUGUUCACUACUUUGCUCACAUAUUACAAAUAGCCUUGGCGAAGGCAACUGAUAUUGAACAAUUAUUGGAACUAGGUGAAAUCGAAACAGGAAAAGGAUUGAAUCAAGUUGGGACAUUAAAAAGAGCUAGCGAUACACGUUGGGGUUCUCAUUUUCGUUAUCUUUGCAGUUUGCUUAACAUGUUUGAUUGUACUCGUGUUGUUCUCCAAGGAAUAAUUGAUGACAUAUCUGCUACUUAUUCUCAACGCGGAGAUGCUGAUGCAGCUUACUGUUUCCUAAAAUCAUUUGAGUUUGUGUUUAUUCUUCACUUGAUAAAGGAAAUGAUAGGGAAAACUGAUGUACUUUCUCAAGUUCUACAAAAGAAAUCCCAAGAUAUUCUUAAUGCCAUGGAGUUAGUUUCAUCAACAAAGAAGAGUCUAAAUGAAUUCAGAAACAAGGGAUGA